GCAGUUCUCUUUUCCAUCGUUAACAAUAAAAAGGCAAAAACAAAAUAAAGCACGUCUGCAUCGAAGCUCUCGCUUUAAAGCUUCACAGCGCCAAGCGAUUACACGUCAAAAAAUGAACGACUACUACGAUUUCCCCAUGUCCGGUGGCACGCUCCAGCGGUACGAGAAGGAGCGCAUGGCCCCCGGCUUCCAGGCGGAGCGGCUGCAGGCCUCCCGCAAGCCGCGCGUGAUCAUUGUAAAGCGCAACAACGCCGCCUUUGUGCCGCGUGCGCAGCGCCAACCUAACGUGGUUUGGUGGCACCACUCGCUGAGCGACGGCACUCUCACGAUAAAGAACACGAAGGAACUGUUCUACGUCGGCGAAGUCCCGCUGUCCAACGAGAACCUUUUUGUCACGACUGCGAACAACGUCUCCGGCCCGCUGCUGAAUACAUUGGAGUGGAAGGUGGCGAAGGACAACGACGUGCUCGAUAUGGGCCGGGCCGAGCAGGCCGCCUUCGGUCUCGCGCUCUCCCUUGUGCGCUGGAACGGUGCCAACAAGUUCUGCUCCCGCUGCGGCGCCCCGACCGACCCGACCCGCGACGUCGGCUUCAGCCGCACUUGCACCAGGUGCAAGCGCCAGCACUUUCCGCAGAUUAUGCCGGCGGUGCUGGUGGCCGUGUUUGACGGCCGCGGCAACGUCAUCCUCUCGCAGCGGCGCAAGACGAGUAAGCAGCUGACGCUGCUGUCGGGCUUUAUGUUGCUCGGUGAGACGGCGGAGGAGACGGUGCGGCGGGAGGUGGAGGAGGAGACGGGGGCCAAGGUGAGCGCCGUGCGCUACAUCGGCUCGCAGCCCUUUCCCUACCCUUACCUGCUGAUGCUCUGCUACUACGCCGUCGCCGCGGACUCGCCGAAGUUGGUAGUGGAGGCAGAGGAGCUGACGAAGGUGGUGUGGGUGAGUAAGGCGGAUGUGCGGAAGGCGUUGGCGGAGGGGCACCCCGACUUCACGCUGCAUGGGCCCGGCACAACACCGUAUGCCUUCUUGAAGCCGUGGGUCGACGGCGACGUGGAUGACUUUGGGAGGGCGGUGAAGCGUUCGAGUAAACUGUGA